AAAUAAUGAAACACUUUGUCGUGUUAGCCUUGAUUGCAUGCAUUUAUGCAACAUCUAUAACUGAAAUGACUGACAAACUUGCCUAAUAUGGUGAUCACCCAUUUGGAAAGUCAAUGGUCAAUUUGGUUUCUGUCAAUAUGAAGACAGGUGGAUCCCUUAAUGAAUUAAAACAACUCUUGUAAUAAAUUAAGGAUGAACUCAUUGCUCUCACUUAAUUACAAGAUUAAGAAAAUGGCACUUUUACUCGUAGAAGUCAAGUUGAUUUGGCUAAAUUACAAGCUACUUUAGAAUAAGCACAAGCUGAUUUGGACAAUUAAAGAUAAGAAUAAACAAGUCUUAGUAAUGAAUUAGCCACUCUUUAAACCAGAGUCAAAGAAGGUAAUCUCUAUCUUUAAUAAUUCUUUUGCAGAUCAAGCCGCUUUAGAUAGAAACAGCAGAGGAAGUGGUGAUGCUUAAUCUAGAUUGGAUGCAGAAAAUACAGAUUUUGCAGCUAAAUAUCAAGACUACAGUGAUGCCAUUUUAGCUUGUAAGGAAGCUUAAAGAUUGUUGAUGAACUUGAGAGGAGAAGGAGCAUCCCUCAUUUAAAUUACGUAAAUACUAUAUAAAAUAAUAAAUUUUAGUUAAGACACAAAGACCAAUCUCCUAUAAACCAAAGAGAAUUUCUAAAAAAUCAAGGAAAUAUUGGAGGCUCACACUAAAAAGAGUUCUUUAACUUUAUUCUAGCCUAUUAUUGAAGGAUUGGCUGAAAUGACAACUAAAGUUAAUCCAGAAACCCUAAAUAAUGUAUUGAGUUUGGUUGCCCGUUUGAUUACUGCCUUAUAGGAAGGACAAGAUUAAUUAGAAGCUAAUCACAAGACUUAAGUAAAAUGCUAUUAUUAUUUUAGGUUGAAAAUUUGAGUAGAUUAGGUGAUGACUUAAGAAACGAAAAACAAACAUUAUAGGUUUCAUUGGCCACUGCCAAUAAUAGACUUAAAGAAAUUUAAUCUAGAUUGAAUGAAUUAGAUGGAUUGAUUAAUAUUUCAAAUGCUUUGGUUGAAGUUACCCAAUUAAAUAUUUAAGAUGCUACCAGAAUUAAUGAAUUGGAGGAUUCAGAAUAUAGCAAUCAAAAAGUUAGUAGGUAUUAAAAUUUAAUAAUAAUAUAGAUAAACAGAAAUUGAUAUAGUUGACAGAUUAAUUGAAUACAUCAAUCAAAAAUUAUCUGAAUGAGUUGACACAAUUAUAUCCAAA